AUGAUGAGCACUCCGAAGCAGAAGUUGCGCCCAUCGCUGGGUGAGCCCUCUCGAGUGAGCCGGCUCCGUGCCCAGUCACCGGGGCGACUGCGUGCCCAGUCUCCUGGAGCCUCCUCGGUGGGUUCGGGAGAAGAGGUCGGAACGUCACCACGCAGGCGUGCACUCUUCCAAUCGACCGGAAGGGCCAGAGCUUUGACCACAGCGAGGCACUCGCGUGAUCCGCGUCCAGUGGGCGAACGUGCCUUCACUGCGCAGUGCGCCAAGAACGUGGUGGAGCUCUUGACGGCGAGAGGCUUUGCCAAGACCUUUUCGCACGACAAGUUGCUCAAGGACCCAUCGACCAAAGAGUUCUAUGACGUCUUUCGCUUCUUGAUCUCACAGCUGGAUCCACAAUUGGAAGUCGAAGGGAAGAUGGAAGAUGAGGUUCCUGCGAUCAUGCGUCGACUGAAGUACCCCGUGGAGGUGAACCGAUCGAAGCUGCAGGCCAUCAGCGGUCCCAAUACUUGGCCGCAGCUCUUGGCCGUGCUGGAUUGGCUUACGGUCCUCGUCCGCAUCAACGACGAGCUGGUGGAGCCCCUGGCGGCCUGUCAACUGGGCUUGUGCGAUGUGGGGGAUCCUGAUCGAGAUGCAGGCGACCAUCAUGUUCUUCGCUCUCUUCACGAGAACUACCUGGGCUUCUUGAGCGGAAAGGACGAUUGCGGUGAUGAAGAAAGGCUUCGCAUGAUCUACACCCAGCGGAUUGAUGCCUUGAAAGCUGAAAUCCAACGCCUGGAGAACCAGCAAGACGACAUGCAGAGGAGGCUCCAGGAUUUCCACCACGAGCACGAGAGGCUGCUGGAACUGCAAAAGAUGCCCGCGCAGUUGGAGAUGGAAGCGGAUCGCUUGCGUGCCACGCUUCAGGCCCAAGAGCACCAGGUGCAGACCAUCGAGGAUGAGAUUGUGGUGAAAGAGGCGGAGGCCCUCGAGCAGCAGCACGAGAUCGAGGCUUUACAGGCCAAACGAGCUGCUCUUGCGGAGCAGGUGGAAAGCCAGGCCUAUUCCAAGCGAGACAUCGAUCGGUUGCAUGCGGAGCGGGCGCAUCUUCGACAGCUCUUCAAGGAUUUGAAGGCCGAAGGUGAACGAGCUGAUGAAGAAGUGUGGGAGCUGGGCAUGCAAGAGCAAAGUCGAGCGGAGGAGAUUGCCCGCUUGGUCCGACAGGUCAAUGACGUGGCCGAAUAUUUAGAUCAUGAGCUGGGUGAGGAAGCAGCCUUUGACUUCAGAGUUCGCGUCGAUGUGUCGGAGCCGACGGACGCCCUGGUGGCGUUGCAAUUUGAUGAGCAGAAGAGCCACGCGCAGGUGCUCUCAGCUUCGCAUAGCGAGCGACUGCAAAAGGAGGAGUUGGCUCUCCACGAAGUCCUCGAGGAAAAGAGAUUGCUCCAGGCCGAGUUCGCAGAGAAGGACCGCGAGGGCCGGCAUAUGAAAGAGCGGCUUGAACAGCUGAAUCGAAUCUUCGAGGAGUAUCGGGAGUGGAGUGCUGCGCAGAUCGAAGAUGCCCAGAAGACCACGGAAGCCACGGAGGAUGCAGUCCACGAGAUCUCCAUCGGCAGCGCGGCGCCUUCCCUGAGGGACGCAGCGGAGGUGGAUAAGCUGAAGCUUAGCUUGGCCUCCCUGCAAGAAGAAUGCGCCCGCGAAAAGAUGCAGAUGGAGGAGCAGAUCCGCCGUGAUGAAGAGCGCUUGGAAGAACAUCGCCAGCUGGUCUUGCGUGAGCUGGACAGCUAUUCCAAGGCCAUGGGCUCGCUUUGUGAAGACGUGGAAUCCGCCCUGGUGAAGGGGUCCCUGCUGGAGACGCCGACGCAUCUUGUCGCGCGGGUGGGGCGACGGACGGAGAUCGUGCGGCUGUCGCACUGCGCGCCGGUGCGGCUUCUUCCGAUGGCCACGGCGGCCGCCGAGCGAAGCGGAACGGCCUGGUGCGCCUUGGGAAGCUUCGGUGGUGGCUUCCUGGGUGGAGACGAGGUGCACGUGGCCAUCGAGGUUGGGCCGGGCUCAUCUUUGGCAUUGACCACCCAGGCCUCCACGAAGGUCUACCAAGCCAAGGAGGAUGGCCAGGCGGCCGUGCAGCGCCUGGACGCGACGAUCGCACCUGCCGGGCUCCUGGUCAUGGCGCCGGAUCCUCUGGUGCCGUUCGCCCACUCGAGCCGUGGAGAGACCGGGAAGGAACGAGGAACGCCGAAGCAGACGGUGGCGGUUCCCGGAAAAAAACGUUGGAGCUAUUCUCAAGCACUGCGCUUCGCUUUGCACGCGAACUCCGAUGGUGAAUGCACCUCCUCAGCAGUGGUGGUCGAUUGGCUCGGGUCCGGCCGCGUGGCCACAGGCGAACGCUGGGCCUUCCGAGAAUACAAGUCUUGCCUGGAGUUUGCGUGGCUUCAGGAGGACCCCAUGCCCGGUGAGCCGCCGGUGCCUGGUGCGCCUGCUGCGCCGGGCCUUAUCGAUUCCAUCUUCCUGACGAGUGAAGAUGCCUUGGCGAAUUCGAGCCCGUCGAUCGCGGGCUUCGAUGCAGCAGUGAGCAUCUUUGCUGUUGGCCCUCAAGCCGCUCCAGUCGCUGCUCGCCUGGAAGCCAUGGCCUCCCUCUUGGCCGCGCGCAGCGGCGCGCGGGUCGCGGAGGCCGCUCGUGGGACCGAAGGGCGCUGUCCGGUGGAGCUGUCGGGACGUGCCCUCAUGGGCCUGACGCCGUCCUCGGCGCCGGCGCGGAGCGGCUGUACGGUGGCGCGCUUGGUGGCGGAGAAGACGGAAGACGUCUAUCGGAUCUUGCAUCAUUGCCUGAGCCCCCUAGCUGAGGAGAUUGGAGUCGAACCGUAUGCGGACCGUGUGCAUGGUCUGUCGAUGACUCCCACGGAGAGGUCUCCUCUCCGCUCAUUAGAAUCGCCUCGACCAUCGGGGCGGUCGCAAGCGAUGGAAGCAAUGGAAGCGCCAACGAAGCGGGUUGUGGCGGGUGUGGAGGGCACAAAGUUUGACCUCCAACAGUCCUUGAUUCUCUGCCAACUGACAGAUGCCACCUUGCCCGUGGGCGGAUUUGCUCAUUCCAAUGGGAUAGAGGCUGCCCACCAGCUGGGCCUCUUGCGCAGUGGUGACCUCGAGUCCUUGCGAAGCUUGGUCUUCCAAGGUGCGCUCUCGAUGCUGCGUUUGCAGGGCUACUUCGUGAAAGAGGCCCAUCAGCUGGGUGCUCAGAAGACCCUGGACGCGUGGCAGGAGUUGGACGUGAAGCUCAACGCCUACCUGGCAAGCAACGGAGUGGCCAGUCGCGCCUCCUGGUUGCAGGGAGCUGGCCUCCUCCGAGUGGGAAAGCAGUGGCAGCCGAGCGUGGCUUGGCCGCGGAAAGGGCACUACGCCACCUCCUUUGGCCUUCUGUCGCGCAGGCUGGACCUGGACUUGACACUGGGCCUUCAUGCCUUCGCCUACGCGGCGGUGCGGGACAGCAUGUCAGCCGCGGUGCGAUUGAACCUGUUGGGGCCCUUGCAAGCCGUGGAGCUGCAAGCCUCCAUUCUACAAGAUUUGCCCAUUGAGCUGGGCGAGGGCCAGACCUCACCUCAUGGAUCUCACGUUCUACCUGCAAGCUGCGCUCCGGUCUUGGAGUGUGUGCAUUCGGGUCACGACCUACUGGAAGCCAGACUCUUCUUAACCUGA